AUGCGGCCACACACCACCAACAAACAACUGUUAUUGUACCCCAUGGACAGAGUUGCAAUGAAAGAAAACCGAGUGUGGUUUACCAGAUCCAGUGCAAUAAAAUUUAUUUCGAAUGUCUCACUAAUAUUGUUUGUUUUAUUGAUAAACGUGACUGUGUUUCAGAUUCUGACCAAGGACUCCGUGACUGUGUCUGUUGAUGCUGUUGUGUACUACCGCGUUUCAAACCCUACGGUUUCCGUGGCCAAUGUUGAGAAUGCCCACCAUGCUACACGCCUUCUUGCACAGACAACACUAAGGAACAUUCUCGGCACGAAAAACAUGUCUGAAAUUCUCACCGAGCGAGAAACUAUCAGCAAUGCGAUGCAGGCGGUGUUAGACGGUGCGACAGACAGGUGGGGGAUCAAGGUGGAGCGUGUUGAAAUUAAAGAUGUACGCCUCCCAAUUCAGUUACAAAGAGCAAUGGCGGCUGAAGCUGAAGCUGCCAGAGAAGCUAGGGCAAAGGUUUUGGCUGCUGAAGGCGAACAACGCGCAGCACGAGCCCUGAAAGAGGCUGCGGAGAUUAUCAGCCAAAGUCCUGCUGCCCUACAGCUACGCUACCUACAGACACUCAACUCUAUAUCCGCCGAGAAAAACUCGACUAUCAUUUUUCCUCUACCAAUUGAUCUAAUAGAUUCAUUCAUGAGUCACAAGUAAAAAAAAAAUAACAAAACAUUGAGGAAUUUUCACUUAACGUAUAUUUUUAAUUUUAGAUUGUAGUUUAAUUAUCCAUUUAGUAAAACGGAAGAAACGUUGACAGCUAAUAUUUCAAAAAUCACACAAAAUUAAUAAACAACACAUGGUAAAGAUUUCAACAUAUCUUUUUUAUCAAAAGGAUUUAAUGUUCAGUCCAUCUCGUUUUCAAUGAUAGAUCGUCCCAUCCAAGUCUGUAUAUACAUCCUCACUUGUUUAAAAUUACAUAUUAAUAAAGCUUAUGUCGUUGCUAAUUACAUUCAAGGAUAUCAUCAGUUUUUUGUAUUGUAAAUCUGCUGUACAAAAUGCAAAAAUUAAAAAGUAAAAAUUAAUUAAACUAAUAGUGACCACUUUUACAUCGGUAGUGUAGUAAACAAGCUGACGGGAAAGUUUUUGUUUGUCAGCUAGAUUUAGGAAUUCGAGCGUUUUUAGAAUCAGGGUUACAUUUAGUUUAAGUGAUAGAUGAAGUGGACUGAUUUCUCGAUAUAUAGUUAGCCUGGACCGAUCACUCUUUUUUGAAAAGGAAAGUAAAUCUUGUUACAAUGUAAAUCUCAAGUAGUUUGUAGAAUUCAUUUCUUGAAAAUCUUUGAAAGACUGUCGAAUUUUAAAAAUUUACUUACCAUCAGGUAAAACAGUUGUUUCAAACUUUCAACACAUAACUUUCAUAUUUUGUAACAUUCAUCUUCUUAUCAUCGGAAUUUUUAUAAAUAUAAAUAUAUUUUACGAAUUAUGUGAAUCUGUCUCGUAGUUGCUUUUGUAGAAUACUCAUGUAUAGUAUAGCCAUUUUCCUAUCGUUUCUUCACAUCUUACAGAAAUGACGGUUUUAAAUAUACAUUUUGUAGAGUUCUGCAAUAAGCUGUUUUUGAUAUUUAUGUAUAAUUUACGUACAACCAAUAUAUAAAUGAUUUUAAUAUAGUAUAAACUUGUUUUAAACCUUAAGCGACAUUGUUUGAAUAAACUAAAUACCUACGAUAGUAUUGUUAUAAUAUGUAAUGGAGAUUUAGUAUUUUUCAUCGUUUAUAUUUAUACACUGUGUUUAUUUAGUUCUCUUUUUGUAAAACAUUGUACAUGGUAAUUUAUGGGUCAGGGGAUACAUUAUGUAUACAAAUUGGCUAUUUUGUUUUCCUAUUAUUUUAUUGGUGUCAUUUGAAAGAACUAUUCUAUAUAUCAUUCUUCACGUUCGCAUAAUUAUGCUGAAGUCAAAAUAUAAUUCUACUCAAAAGAUACCAACGUGAUAUCGCCAUAGUCUUGUUAAAAUCCAUUUUGUCUUCCUUACAUCUAAUCUAGAGCAUUACCAGAUCUACCUUGUAACAAAGUCGUUGAUGUUGUUUUUGAUAAGGUUGUGGUUUAGAAAGAACUUAAAUCUAACCACCUCGUGUCAUUUUAGUACCCGGCAUUUUGUUGUCAGUGGAGGAAAUAAAACAGUUGCUAUUU